AUGGAUGGGUACAAGCUUUGGUACUUGGGAAGCGACAGGCAUAGGAAUGGAGUAGGCAUCUUAGUAGAUGAAGAGCUUAGAGAGCCGGUGGGCUUGGAUAGAGAGGAGAAGAAGAGGUUUUGGGUGGCUUUGGAUGAGGUAGUGAGAGGAAUGCCUAGCUCUAAGAAGAUUAUGGUAGCAGGGGAUUUUAAUGGAAACAUAGGGGUGUUACCGGGAGGCUAUGAUUAUAUGCAUGGUGGGUAUGGUUUUGGGGAGAGGAAUGAUGAGGGAGUGGCUCUAUUGGAUUUUACGAGGUCUUUUAGGAUGAUGGUAGUGAAUUCGAGCUUUCUAAAGAAGAAGGAUCACCUGAUCACCUUUCAAAGCACAAUAGCCAAGACCCAGAUUGACUUUCUGUUACUUAAGAAAGGGGAUAGGGUGUUGUGUCAGGAUUGUAAGGUCAUUCUGAGUGAGAACCUUUUGACCUAG